AUGCUCAGGAGCUUCUGUCUCCAGCUCAUGUCCUUGAUUUGGAUCCUCUUGGCCCAUCACCAGCUUGUGCAAGGGGAUGACUGCAGUGAGCGCUGCAAUCUCGCCCACGGCUGCUGUGACCAGGAUGGGAAGUGCAGGUGUGACCCAGGCUGGGAGGGGGAGUACUGCGAGGAGUGCGUGCGAAUGCCGGGCUGCCUUCACGGCACGUGCCACCAGCCUUGGCAGUGCAUCUGUCACUCCGGCUGGGCUGGCAAGUUCUGUGACAAAGACAUACACAUCUGUGAACACCAGUCCCCCUGCCAGAAUGGGGCACAGUGCAUCUACGAUCGGGAUGGGGAGUAUUCCUGCUUGUGUCCAGAAGGCUUCCACGGGAAGGACUGUGAGAUGAAGACAGGGCCAUGUGAGAAGGCAGGGUCUCCAUGCAAGAAUGGUGGGCAAUGUCAAGACGAAAAUGGCUUUGCCAGUAACUUCACCUGCCGGUGUCUCGCUGGCUUUGUGGGGGCUCUCUGUGAGCACGAUGUGGAUGACUGCCUGAUGCGCCCCUGUGCCAACGGGGCCACCUGCCACGACGGCGUCAACCGCUUCUCCUGCCAGUGCCAGGUGGGCUUUGAAGGGCGUUUCUGCACCAUCAACAUCAACGACUGCGCCAGCCAGCCGUGCAAAAAUGGGGCAAAGUGCUAUGACCGCAUCAAUGACUAUGACUGCUUGUGUCCUGACCGUUUCACUGGCAAAACCUGUGAGAUCUCUGUCCCUGAGCCCACCUGGUCUCCUGCCUACCACCCUGCAAACCCUGAGAAUGCUGGAGGUGUGAAAAGCACCACUAGUGAGACGCCGGGGGUGACGCAGCCAGAGCCCAUCAGGACUGUGGUCACAGGGCGGCGUGUGGCCAACCACAGCGAGAAAGAGCCGGGGGGAGGGUUGUUGAAAAUCUCUGUGAAGGAGGUGGUGACCCAAAGGGACUCAGGGCUGAGUGAAGCCCAGCUAGUGACAGUGCUGGUGUUCGGGGUGCUGACAGCAGUGCUGGUCCUCAUCACUGUCCUGCUAAUGCUGAGGAACUGGCAGAGAGGCCGUCAAAGGUCAAACUGGUGCCAAAGCCCUUCUCAGGCUGCAAGAAAGCUCCAAGACCAGGAGUGUCAGGUGGGAAUGCUCAACACCGUCUUGAUUGAGCCAAGGAAGACCACAGAGCUGUGA